AACGAAGUUGGCUGCACCUCCGAUUAUCGGUGCUUCUUUCCGGUUCACACUGUCGGGGUGAUUGUGUCUUGUUUAGUUUAGCUGUAAUUAAAUCUUUCUCCAUCUUCCACUAUGAAGAUCUAUAAGGAUAUUUUCACCGGUGAUGAGAUGUUCUCAGAUACCUACAAAGUAAAAUUGAUCGACGAUGUUCUGUAUGAAGUAUAUGGCAAGUUGGUUUCUCGUAAAGCUGGGGAAAUAGAAAUUGCUGGAUUUAACCCAUCUGUGGAGGAAACUGACGAAGGCACGGAUGAGUCUGUCGAAACUGGUGUCGAUGUAGUUUUAAAUCAUCGACUGCAAGAAAGUUUUGCAUUUCGGGACAAAAAAUCUUAUACUCUAUACUUGAAAGAUUACAUGAAAAAAUUAGUCGCAAGAUUGGAAGAGAAAUCUCCUGAUCAGGUGGAAGUAUUCAAAACGAACACAAACAAAGUUAUGAAAGACAUAUUAAGUCGUUUCAAAGACUUGCAAUUUUUUACCGGUGAAUCUAUGGACAUCGAUGGCAUUGUUGCAUUGAUGGAGUAUCGUGAUAUUGAUGGUGACUCUGUGCCUGUACUUAUGUUAUUCAAACAUGGUCUUGAAGAAGAAAAGUUUUAAAUAAUUUUAGAUAUUCAACAAAUUGCAAAAAAAUAUUAUAAAAUCGAAUCAAGACUGUACACAUGCUAGAAAGCUGUGAAAUUUAGUUAAAAGGAAACACAAUUCUACUUCCAAUCUCAUUUUAUAAUGCAAUUUAACUUAUUUCCUCUUCAAAAUAGAAAGAAAAACAUCUUAAUGACAGAUUUGAAGAAAAUAAUAUUUGUACAUAUGGUGUGACUGAAAGGAAAAUUUAUAUAAGACAAUGAUGUCCCUUCAACGUUUCUGUAUUUGAUUCACUGUAGCGAUAGUAGUAUAAUUUUCUAUUCCUUUUUUUUGUUUUUUUUAUUCGAUAUUGUUGGAACGUUUUAUUUAUGAGUGAAACGAAAUGGAAGAUGGGGAAAGAACUUUGCAGCAAUGGAAGUAUUAAAGUAUAAUGUCUAUAAUUAUUGUUAACAUCAGGAAAUCUCAGUGAAUAAUAAAUAUAGCAGGAAUAACAUACUCUGUAUAAUGUCCAGCACGAAUAAAAGGUGUUUUCAUAAGUA